UGUCAACCGCUCAACAACAAGUUGUCAGCUGCGUGCGGUGUGUUCCGGUAUUCUGUGUAACAGUGUUCAGCGGUCAGUGGUCAGUGAUUAAGAUUAAAAUAAAAAAUUCUGAAAAACACAAAUACAAGCAAAUUAUAUAAGCACAUAUAUGUAUGUAUGUAUGAAUAUCCAAGUCAUAAGAUCACAAGGAAGAGUAAAAUAUUAAAACUUCGUAUGAUGAAAGUUUAACAAUACAAAAUGUGGAAGUUCUGGAUAAUUUUUUCAAUACUUAAUUUGGCCGUGCACGAAAGUGGCGUCAUAAGACCGACCACCACCAAAGAUGCUCAAACUAAAUGCGGUUCGGUGUUAUGUGAGAUAGUCUCCGAAGUGUUCAGCAAAGCCAAACUGAGUCAUGGCUACAACUACGUGCAUACAAUUCCAGCGGGUGCGAUGAAUUUGACCAUCAAACAGUUGACACGAAGUGAUAAUCUAUUAGCACUCAAAACAACGGAUGACAUAUUUCUCAUUAACGGCAAUAAUCGCGCUUCGGAGAGUGGUUUAUUCGAGUAUAAUGACGACAGUUACGACUACAAUCGCGAAUUGAGCGUAAUCACCUCGAAAGGGCCGAUAAGCAAACCUGUUGUGCUUUUGCUCUUUGCGCGUGGACACAACACAGGUGUCCAAUACGACUACACACUUCCGAUACCUUCAGCUUCUAUAAACGAGGAGGAGGAGUUUCCGUCGCAAUGGAAUGAGGUCGGCCAACCUCUUGACGAUGUAGACGACAACAACCUCGACGGCACAGUUUCGGCACAAAUUGCUCGUGCGCGCGAUCGUAAACGCCGCAAAUUUUCAUGGAAGCUGCUCGGCUUUGGCGAAUGUAAUCGCUCGUGCGGCCCCGGCAUACAGCCACCCAUUUUCCGUUGCAUACGCGACUCACCGACGCGCUAUUAUUCGCCUAAGCGCUGCGCUUUUGUCGAGAAGCCAGUUUUCAGUGAGGAUAUCUAUCAUUGCAAUCGCGGGCUAUGCCCCGCCUAUUGGCGCGCUGGCGACUAUGGUGAAUGCAAAUGUGCCGAGGGCGAGGUAGAGGGUAUACGCACGCGUUUUGUCAAUUGUGUGCAGGAGCAGAACAAUGGGAAGAUUGAGGAAGUCUCUGAAUAUUUGUGUGAAGAAGAAAAGUUGCCUGAAUUGAAUGAGACUUGUAAUUGCCCAAAGCUCAAUCGACGCAAAAUUUACGCACGUGGCCCUGACAAGACGCCACGUGUCUUCGCGCGUUUAGUGGGUGCACCCACGAUGGUGCGCAGCGUUUACAAUUCGACCACACCGUUGCGCCGGCAUCUACGUAACGAUCGCCUAGACAAAGCGGGUGUGUGGUUGAUGUCCGACUGGAAUCAAGAAUGUUCCACUGAUUGCGGUGCAGGCUUUGAGUAUCGUUCGAUCUACUGCGAUCGUACACCGCCCUACACAGAUCUGUGUGAUUUGCGCUUUACACCAGAGCAGAAGCGUAUCUGUAGCAGUGGCCAACAAGCAGCCGCUUGUCAGUAUGGCACGUGGUUUGCCUCAGAAUGGAGUAAUUGCACGGGAGAUUGUUUCAACUUACAACGUAGGCGUGCAGUGCUGUGUUUGAGGGAAGGUGUGGCGGUCGAUGAAGCAGAAUGUGAUCUUCUAUUGCGGCCGCGUGCUGUGAUGAAUUGCACGCACAAAGAGGUGACAUUCUGCGGACCCAAGUGGCAUUAUUCGGAGUGGUCGGAGUGCUCCCGUUCCUGUGGUGAAGGUGUUCAACGACGUUAUGCUAAAUGCCUGGAAUUUGACUGGAAGCAAAAGGCGAUGGUCGAAUCGACGAAUUGUAAAUAUUUGGAACGUGAACCGGUUUAUGGAACGUGUAAUGUGCAGAAAUGUGAAGAGCUCAACACACUGUUCGAUGUGGAACGAGAUACUCUGAAGCCCGCUGAGCCAUCAGUGAAUUGCAAAGAUGAUGUGAGUAAUUGCCAGCGGAUAAAUCGGCAGCGAUUGUGCAAAUUGCACUACUACAAAACCUAUUGCUGUGCAACAUGCAGGGGCUUCGCUUAGACCAGCAGCAGCGGGAAUACUUCGAUGAAAUGUGUGGCAGAAGCCAGGAGAGAAUUGCAGAAAGUUUUGCUGCCGCAGCAGCGUUGGCAUUGCGACUGAGCAGCGCUACGCAUUUAAUUGUAUUCAGAAGCUACUGCGGCAAUAACCACAUCCUAACAUUAGCAUAGAAUUUAAUGUAGUCAGUUUAGUUGGUAAGAUGCAGCCGAAAAGGAAAUAUAAUUAAGUAUGAAUGUUUUUUUUAUUAUUCAACAUCAGUACAUAUUUAUGUAUAUACGAGCACAGCAUUCACAUCACGAAAUGAAAGAGAAACAUUUAACCGAAUUGCGUUUGGUUUGUUAAGCCGUUUCCACCAUAGUUUUUAUUUUUUGGAAAAAAUAAAAAUAAUAUGAAAGCGAUGCAGUCAUUAAGUACGAGUAGCUCCCGUUUCAGAUCACUGUAAAACCCUCAAUUGGGGAUUUUUUUUCUUAUGGGUUUUGGCAAAUAUGUAGAAUUUAUUCAUAAAUUAUUUAUUAUAUUCGAAUUUAAACAGUUAUGAUGAUGCAAUUUUUCUUGAAGCCCUUGAAUCAUUUAAAUAGCCAAAAUAAAGUCUGCUUUUCCAAUGGCUUUGGGAACUAUGAUACUUUUGGUGCUUCUGUAACCUACAGCGAAAUCAGCGCAGAACUUUUUAAUAAAUAUUCAGGCGGAAAUACACUUUUUUCGAAAUUUGUAUUAUGUCACUUGUUGUAUUUAAUACUCUUGAUUUCGAAUUGUAUUCGUAAUAUAUAAAAUAAUAAGUCUUAUGUAGUUUUUUGCUCAAGAAUAUUGCCCCAAAAUUAAAACUGAGCUACUGUUGCUAAGCAAACAAAAAAAAUUUAAACACAAUACAAAUAUUAGAAAUCUUCAGAAUAUUUGUUUUUACCAAAACUAUGUUUUGAGCGAAUAAAGUUUGUAUGAAAACACCCCAAAAUAUAAGUCGAACCUUUUGAGUAAGAAAAAUAAAAAAAAAUAAAAGUUAUAAAAACUACAAUAAAUAUUAUUACAUUUCAACUUAAGGGGGGAACCUGCUUUAAAGGCUUCAAAAAAUUGAUUUUUUCGUGGAUUUUUUUGGGGAGGAAAGAAAUAUUCGAUUAAACCGAAACUUUCAGAUGUUAUUGUUAUAUAUUUCAGCAGUCUUCUCAAAUUUUUUCAUUAAAAUAUAUGCCAUAUUAUGCCUGGUACAAGCAUUUUGCCGAGGCGCCUCGAGUGUGCCUGUGUCGUGCGGCGGGAAAGAUGUAGGUCGCAAUUUUCAUCUGAAACCAAAAACCCAAACAAUUUUUUAUUUUAGUAUAGUAUAGCUUCUAGUUAAACCAAGAAAACUAAACAAAAAGUGACAAAUUCAACAAUUUUUCGCUAAUUAAAACAAAAAUUAAUUUUUCUGGAAAAACAAAUUCACUUUAGAUUGUUUAAAAAGUGGGUUAAUCAUAACUUUCUUAAGAUUUUUUAGGUUCAACUAGAAGAGGAUUUAAUUCCGAAUACAGUCAAUGUUAUCUCAUUUCGAUAGGACGUUUAACUUUUUCCCUAUCUUUCCCGCCAAUUAGGAAAAAUCGUAAAAAUAAAAAACCGAGAAAUCGCGCGUCAAAGUUUUUGUAUAUAAAAAACCAGCUCGUAUACCUGCUCGACGCUUGCUCACAAUUUCUUCUGUAACUGCGAAAAUAUUUUGAAUUUGCUUCUGAAAUUUUGAGGACACAUUCUUGGAUAGUUUGGGAAGACAUUUAGGCAAAAACAAAAAAAUCGAUUUUUUGAAGCCUCUAAAGCAGGCUCCCCCUUUAGCAAUAUCAAAAAAUUGGAAAUUUUUUUUCACGUACAUUUUUCUAUCAAAAUCUUACAUUGCAAAUGCCCAAAAAUGAAAAACGAGCUACUGUUUCUGA